AUGGAAGAAGCGAGCCUGUGCCUUGGCGUGCCCUCCGCGGCACCGGAAGCUGAGCCCCACCUGAGCAGCCCGGUCCUCAACGGCCAGUAUGCCAUGAGUCAGAAACUGCACCAGAUCACCUCGCAGCUCAGCCAUGCCUUCCCUGAGCUGCACGCGCGGCCGGGCACCGAGGAGAAGGCCCAGGCGCCCCUAGAGGAGAAAGCACAUGUGCCCCUGGGCAGCCAGCCCAUGGGCAGUCAGAUGGCGCUACUGGCCAACCAGCUGGGCCGCGACGUGGACACCAGCCUCAACGGGCGGGUGGACCUGCAACAGUUCCUCAACGGGCAGAACCUGGGCAUCAUGUCGCAGAUGAGUGACAUUGAGGAUGAUGCGCGCAAGAACCGCAAGUAUCCCUGCCCACUGUGUGGCAAGCGCUUCCGCUUCAACAGCAUCCUCUCGCUGCACAUGCGCACGCAUACGGGCGAGAAGCCCUUCAAGUGCCCCUAUUGUGACCACCGUGCCGCGCAGAAGGGCAACCUCAAGAUUCACCUGCGGACCCACAAGCUGGGCAACCUGGGCAAGGGCCGCGGGCGGGUGCGCGAGGAGAACCGCCUGCUGCACGAGCUGGAGGAGCGGGCCAUCCUGCGGGACAAACAGCUCAAGGGUAGCCUGCUGCAGCCGCGGCCGGACCUCAAGCCGCUGCCACACGCGCCCACGCAGGCCCCACUGGCCACCUGCAACCUGGCGCUGCCAGCCGCCGCUGCCGCCGCCUCUGCGCACAGCGUGCCGGACGCGGCCCACCCGGUGCCCUCCCCUAAGGCGGCCAGCGUGCAGGAGGACUCGGUGGUGCCUGCGGCCGGAUUCCGCUGCACCUUCUGCAAGGGCAAGUUCAAGAAGCGGGAGGAGCUGGACAGGCACAUCCGCAUCCUGCACAAGCCCUACAAGUGCACGCUGUGCGACUUCGCCGCCUCGCAGGAGGAGGAGCUCAUCAGCCACGUGGAGAAGGCGCACAUCACCGCCGAGUCGGCGCAGGGUCAAGGCCCCGGCGGCGGCGGCGGCGAGCAGUCGGCCAACGAGUUCCGCUGCGAGGUGUGCGGUCAGGUGUUCAGCCAGGCGUGGUUCCUGAAGGGUCACAUGCGCAAGCACAAGGACUCCUUUGAGCACUGCUGCCAGAUCUGCGGCCGGCGCUUCAAGGAGCCCUGGUUCCUGAAGAACCACAUGAAGGUGCACCUCAACAAGCUGGCGGUGAAGAACAAGUCGCCCAGUGAGCCCGAGGUGCCCGUGCCCAUGGGCAGCAUGUCCCAGGAGGCCCAUGCCAAUCUGUACUCGAGGUACCUCUCCUGUUUGCAGGGCGGCUUCCUGGCCCCGGACAAGACGGGUCUGAGUGAGGCCGGCCAGCUGUACGGCAAAGGGGAGCUAGCCAUGAAGGACAAGGAGGUGUUGGGAAAGCUGCUGUCGCCCGUGUCCAGUGUGGCCCAUGCCCUCCCUGAGGGCGGUGGCGGUGGCGGCAUGGGGGGCGACAAGCACUCACUCCUGGGCUGCCUCAACCUCGUGCCGCCACUGAAAUCCAGCUGCAUCGAGCGGCUGCAGGCAGCUGCCAAGGCUGCCGAAAUGGACCCGGUGAACAGCUACCAGGCGUGGCAGCUCAUGGCCAGGGGCAUGGCCAUGGAGCACGGCUUCUUGUCGAAGGAGCAUCAGCUGCAGCGCAACCACGAAGAUGGCUUGGCCAACGCCGGGGUCCUGUUCGAUAAGGAGAAGCGGGAGUACCUGUUGGUGACGGCUGACGGCUCCAAGCAGAAAAUGCCUGCCGAGCUGGUGCACGGCGCUAAAGUGGGCAAUCCCAGGGACUUGCCGAGUAAGCUUGACCCUUUAGAAGGCGGCCGGGAGUUUCUGUCCCAGGGGCUCAGCCAGGCGCUCGACUACAACCUCCAGGGGCCCGGGAACAUCAAGGAGAAGCCCACCGAAUGCCCCGACUGCGGCCGGGUCUUCCGCACCUACCACCAGGUGGUCGUGCACUCCCGUGUCCACAAGCGAGACCGCAAGGGCGAUGAGGACGGGCUGCACGCGGGCCUGGAGGAGCGGCGCGGCUCCGGGAGCGACCAGGAAUCCCAGUCCGUGAGCCGUUCCACCACGCCGGGCUCCUCCAACGUCACCGAGGAGAGUGGGCUGGGAGGCGGCCUCUCGCAGACCGGCAGUGCCCAGGAGGACAGCCCCCACCCCUCCUCGCCAUCCUCCUCAGACAUGGGUGAGGAGCCUGGGAGAUCCACCAGCGUCCAGCAGCCGGCACUGCUGCGCGACAGGAGCCUGGGCUCGGCCAUGAAGGACUGCCCGUACUGCGGGAAAACCUUCCGAACGUCCCACCACCUUAAGGUCCACCUGAGGAUACACACAGGUGAGAAACCCUACAAGUGCCCCCACUGUGACUAUGCCGGCACGCAGUCCGCGUCCCUAAAGUACCACCUGGAGAGACACCAUCGGGAGCGACAGAACGGAGCGGGGCCGCUGUCCGGCCAGCCCCCCAGCCAAGACCACAAGGACGAGACGGCCAGCAAGGCGCCUUUGUUCAUCAGGCCGGACAUCCUGAGGGGCGCUUUUAAGGGGCUCCCAGGCAUCGACUUCAGAGGUGGCCCUGCCUCUCAGCAGUGGACCUCGGGGAUGCUCCCGUCCGGGGAGCACGCAGGACAGGUCCCGGGCCUGCCUUCCGAGGCUGUGUCCGACUCCCUGAAGGGCGCCGACAUCCCGCCCAAGAGCACCCACUUCUCCGAGAUCGGGAGGGCUUACCAAAGCAUCGUGAGCAACGGUGUGAACUUCCAGGGGUCCUUGCAAGCAUUCAUGGACAGCUUUGUCCUUAGUUCCUGGAAGAAGAAAGACAAAGGUCUGUGUGACGCCCCGCCCAUGAAAGUCCAUGGAGCUGAUGGUGGCGGUGAGGACAAGGCUGUUGGAGGUGGCAAGUCCUCUCAGAGGAAAUCCGAGAAGUCACAAUACGAGCCUCUGGACUUGUCUGUGCGGCCAGACGCUGCCUCCCUGCCUGGCUCGUCGGUGACAGUGCAAGACAGCAUCGCGUGGCACGGCUGUCUGUUCUGUGCAUUUACAACGUCCUCCAUGGAGCUCAUGGCUCUGCACCUGCAGGCCAACCACCUGGGCAAAGCCAAGCGCAAGGACGCCGCGGUGGGGCUGACGGCGCACUGCAAGGACCAAGUGCGCGAGGCGAGCAAGGCGGCCCUGCUGUCUUCGGUACAAUCGAGCAAGGAUGGGGGCCUGCCCGGAGUGAUGGGCGCUCUGGACUCCACUUCUGAGAAGAUGGCCCCGGGACAGGCCAAAGAGACUCUGGGGGACCAGAAGGGCGGUGCAUGGCCCGGUCACGUGGACCCUGCGUUUUGUAACUUCCCGGCCGACUUCUACAAACAGUUUGGUGUUUACCCAGGCAUGGCAGGCUCGGGGGCCUCUAGUUCCUGCCCCAACAAGGAGCUGGAGGGGAAGGGCCCCUCCGAAGAGGAUGCCCCCAUCCUGAUCCCGGAGACCACCGGCGGUAAGAACACUGCCGAAGACCUCUCUGAUAUCGCCUCCUCCGAGGAUAUGGACUCCUCCAGGGGAGAGAACAACGAGGAAGAAGAUAUCGAAACGGAACCCGAGAUGAUGAGCAAGCCACUGUCCGCGCUCGGCAAGGACGGGGGCAGCAGCGACGGUGGGGACAGCCUGCUGCCCACCGGCGCCCCCCAGCCCGUGCAGGGCCUAGGCUCACCUUUAGGCCAAGCGGCGGAGAAGCAGUGGCACAGCCCUGGCCGUCUUGCUGCCCAAGAGCCCUCGGCGGGCCUGCCCAAGCCGGAGCGGGGCCCCCCGGGCCUGGAGAAACCCGUGAACAUGCUGUCGGUGCUCAGGGCCUACGGCUCCGAUGGCUUAGCAGCCUUUAACGGACUUGCAAGUAGCACAGCCAAUUCUGGAUGUAUCAAGAGGCCAGACUUGUGUGGUCACCGGCCUUUCCAGUGCCGCUACUGUCCUUACAGUGCCUCUCAGAAGGGGAACCUGAAGACCCACGUCCUCUGUGUCCAUCGCAUGCCUUUCGACAACAGCCAGUACCCCGAUCGCAGGUUCAAGCGCGCCAGAGUCGACUCGGAGGUUUCUGGGAAUUUCGAGGAGCCCACGGCCACGAAGGCAGGGAGCUCGGUAGAGGUGGCGGAAGAGGGUGGCAAGUGCCAGGAGGACAGCCACUGA